AUGCAUAUUGAGGAGGCUACUAUCACGCAGCUGAACGACUACUUGGUAGCGCAGUUAGCUCCAAUAUGCGAUGCGGACCCUAGUGUUCUUGCCGACUAUGUUAUGGCACUGUUGAGGCACGACCAGCCGAUAGACGGACUGAAAACGCUCUGUAUAAGUCAGCUAGAGGACUUUCUGAAAGAAUCAACUGGGCCGUUCGUGAACUCUUUAUUUGAUACCGUUCUCUCGGAAGGCUACGCGAGAGAAGAUGGGACAUUGGCGGAAAGCAGUGUCAGUGGGCUCAAUGAAGAUCCCGCCGUUGAGCAGGCAGAAGCACCAGCAACCUCUCAGAAGUUUCAUGAGGAGGAAGUAUCUGAUGAUGAAGACGGCGACCGAAACUUCAAACACACUCGUCGAGGUGGAGACACGCAGGAUCUGGGUGUUGCGGACGGCCGGACGUCACGAGACGAUGCUGCGAGCAGGAAACGAGUAAGAUCGGAUGAUCCGGUGCAAGGGCAAGACUCAGGCAACUCCGCUUACCCACGGCAGGAUGGACCUCAGAAUGAAGACCUGACGGCGAGCCACAAGAGGCUAAAAUCUGGCGAAGCGAAUCCUGACGACCGCAACAAAGGAAACCGAGGGUUCAACGGGCCAAAUGCCGCAUUCCAGGCCGGCCCUGGCAGACGCGACUUCGAUCGCGAUGGGAGACAUAUGGGACCACAGCGUUUCCCACCACAGAUGAUUCCACCGCCACAAGGGCUACCCUUGAUACCCGAAAAGGGGUAUUGUCUACGUGGGGAUGCAUGCCCAUAUGAUCACGGCGUUGAUCGUAUCGUCGUUGACGAUCUUCCCAUGGUGGGAGGCAGGCCGCCAUUUGAGAUGAUGGGCCCGAACCCUAUGAUGCCCAUCCCAGGAAUGGGAGGACCAUUCCACCCCUAUGGAGGCCGCCCUGGUGUUCCGAACAUGCGGCCACAAUUCGAUGCAGAACCUUAUGAGCCCGGAAUGUCCAUGCCGAUCGGUCCAUCGGAAGCAUAUGACCCAGAGCGAGCAUCAUUUGCAGCAGCUGGGAGGCGCCCAGGGAGUGAAAAUGGCGUAGGAGCCGCCGAGGGGGCGGGGAACGGACAACUUGGCGGCGGUGCACCAUUCCAAGCUGGCGGGCCUGGCGGUCCGGAGAACUUCCAGAGUGGUUUGCGCGGUGGAUUCGCACGGAGAGGCGGUCGCGGUGGUGCCAAUUUCAAUUCGGGGUUUGGAGGUCACCACCAGCAAGGGAACAUGGGCCAGAGGACAUUUGGCGGCAACCCGAAAGGUCGCGCCUCCAACGACACCUUGGUAGUGCAGAACGUACCCGCAGAACAUCUCACCAUCGACAAGAUCAGCGAAUUCUUCAAGAAGUUUGGAACCAUCACGAACAUCAAACUACACGUUCCCACGUCCAAGGCUGUCUUGCAGUUCUCGACUCCAGCCGAAGCACAAGCUGCUUACAGGUCCCCUGACCCUAUAUUUGACAACCGCUUUGUCAAAGUGUUCUUUGCGAACCCGGAUAAUAUGGGUGGCAAGGCAGAAACAUCCCCACUGCCCACAGCCCCCGUCGCCUCCACACGUCGUUCGGUCAUCACGAUAGAUCCUCAAGCCGCAGCGGCGGAAGCUCAAAAAGCGGCCGCCGCAGCCGCCGCAGCCGCCGAGGAGAAGAAGGAAAAGACGAAACAAAUGCUCGAAAUGCAGCAAAACCUGAUCGCGAAGCAAAUAGAGGAGCAAAAGAAGAUUAUGGAGAAGCUGCAAUCAAAGACGUUGUUGCCGCAGGAGAAGAAGGCCUUGAUGUCGCAGUUCGAAAUCCUUUCCAAGUCCAUGAAGGAUGUCAUGCAUUCUGCCUCGACGCGUGUUGCAACCAUUCAGACGCAGCAAGCCAGUAAGCCAGCAUCACGGGCCGCGUUGAUGGAAGAGAAGGAGCGAGAACGGUUGGACCGUGAACUGGAUGCUAUAAGCCAGGUACAGAGCCCAGCACCGGGAGCGGUUCCUGCAGAGGAGACCAGCAAGUCCGCGACGUUACUUGCUCAGUUGGAGGCUUUGAAAGCUCAGGCUGCCGCCCGUGGAAUCGACCCGAACGCCGUUUUGGCGGCUGGCUCCACCCGCGGUGGAAGCUCCCAUCCGUACUCUGGCCGCGGCCGUGGAUCAUGGGCCGGUGGCCGUGGCAGUGGUGGCCGUUUUACUUUGGACAACCGGACGAAGAAGCUGUUGGUGAAGAAUGUAGGCUCGUCUGGGCAUUUCGCAUUGAGGGCCCACUUUGAGAAAUUUGGUUCCAUCAACAAUCUGACGUCCACUGACGAUGACAGCAGUGCGAUUGUAGAAUACGGUUCUCGCCGUGAUGCGGAGAGGGCUAUGUCAGAGCCUCUCAAACUCGAGGACUUUGACACCGCCGAACUGUCAUGGUUUACGGGCACCCUCCCCUCCGAUCAAUCCUCCGCUUCUCUCGACAAACUGUCGAAUGGCUCUGCCGCAGCGUUAGUUGACCCGUCGUCUGUCGAGACCACCGCCCCUGGAAAUACCACCACUACAGCGCAGUGGGAAGACGAAGAGGAGGAGGAAGACCACGACGCGGACACCUCUUGGAAACGCCGCUAG